UACAAAGACAGCGGCAUGAUGUGGAGGUUCGUAAGCUGCACACUGUGCCUCUUUGUCUCUGCUCAGCUCUCUCUUUGGUGUGUUUGGGCCUCAGCAGCUGAGCUGGACGGAGAGGUGAAGAUAGAAGUAGUGUAUAAACCCGAGGAGUGCACUCAGAAGAGCAAAAGGGGAGAUCUAAUAAACGUCCACUACGAUGGCUUCCUCGCCAAAGAUGGCUCUCAGUUCUACUGCAGUCGGUCAGACAAAACCGGGCACCCCCAAUGGUUUGUCCUGGGUGUGGGACACAUAAUUAAGGGCCUGGACCUAGGGAUGGAAGAUAUGUGUCCUGGAGAGAAACGAAAAAUAACUGUUCCCCCCGGUCUGGCCUUUGGAGAGAAAGGCAAAGACCCGGUGCCGCCCAAUGCUACGGUGGUCUUUGAGGUGGAGAUGUACUCUGUGUCCAGGGGACCCCGCAGCAUGGAGGCCUUCAAAAUGAUGGACCUGGACAAAGAUAGAAGUCUCACAAAGGAAGAGGUAAAGCAUUACUUGAAGCUGGAGUAUGAAAAGGGUGGGAAGCCUCGCGAUGAGGCUUUCUAUGAGAAGAUUAUGGCAGAUAUAUUCCGCAAGAGUGACCAGGACAGCAACGGCCACAUCAGUGCCAAGGAGUAUAACAUUUAUGGACACGAUGAGCUCUAGAGUCGGGAGCAGUUUAGUUUAUGUAAUUAGAGAGAAAACACGAGUGGUUCAGGGAUAAAAGCCACGUUCACAUAUUCUUACCGUGAUGCAACGGUAUCAAAGGCCAUUCUAGGUUAAAAAAAUAAAAUAAUAAUUCCCACGUUUAUUUCUUGUGAUUUUAAUCUUUAAUCUUAUCAUUCCAGUUUUUUUUUUUACACAUAAUUACGACUUUAAAAUCUUAAAGAUUGUUUUGUUUUUUACUUUCAAUGGCCAUUUUAUAUUGUGGUCCGUUUAAUGCACAUUUUGUUUUAAAAGAAAACAGGAAGUAACCAUGAUGAGGUAUUUGGAGUUCCCUAUAUGUACUUUCCAUCCUCUCUAAGUCCGUAAACGUAUUUCCAAGCCAGAUAUUAGCCACUACAUUUUUAAUACUAAUUAUUUAACUAUGCAAGACAAUGUCCAACACCUGGAAAGGCAUUGAUGAAAACCACUACAUUGGAUCAUCUUAAGUGUUUUAUUUCUCUAAAUUGUGUCUUGGUAAUUCAAUUUGCAGGAGAUAAACCCACAAAUUUGCACAAAGUUGUGACUGUGAAAGAUCGCGAUGCCAUGGAGCCAAAGAUAGGGAAAACAUUGAGAACGUGUCUGUUCUUUUUUCCUCCCCGGGCGUAUGGAAGCCCUUAGAAGCAAAUGACAAUAAACAUGUGAUACAUUUUCUAAGCCUCAUCUAAGGAGUUUUUCUCUCCUGUGUUUAUGACAUAAGAAUAUGUGGGAAAAAGGAUUAGCAAAAACAACGUUUUCUAAAGUAAUUAAUGAAUGCCUUCAUUCCUAUUGAUAACCAACUUGUUGUGCCAUCAUUCAGCCUCUUGUGGCCGCAAUGAGUAUUACAACAACAAACAUUGCCAAAAAUGUAAUCACCCACCAAAAUGUUUGUUUUUCACCAAUUCACAGAUUUGAAAAACAUAUUCAAGAAAUAUGAACCUGACAAAACAUUUACUUGAUUCCAAGGGGGAAAAGGGAGCUUUUCUUAAGUCAUAAAUAGGAAAGACUCAGAAUAUGGAUCAUCAGUCUCUCAUUGCAUCGGCGUAUGUGUGAUUGAGAAGUUUGAAUAAAAUGCACACAUAAAUGUUGUGGUUUGUCAGACGUGUUUACAAGUUUGUUUACAUCUUCAAUGUGGUCCAAAAUAAUGAUAUUGUUGUAUCCAGAUGAACAUUUGUUUUUGUAUUUUGUGACAAUAAAGAAACCACAGUGUAUGUGGGAAACAACA